GUGUGUGUGUGUGUGUGUGUGUGUGUGUGUGUGUGUGUGUGUGUGUGUGUGAUUCAGAGGAGCCAUGGAGAGGAAGCACAGAGAGACAAUCAUGGCCACACUCUACGUCAUUCUACUGGCAAUAGUGAUGGAAAACACGGUGUGUCUUCAUGCAGAGGCCAAAGGCACGGAUGGUCUCUUUCCUCUCCCAUCUUUUCCUCCUCUCUCUAAUCUCUCUCCUCUUCCUUCAAUCGCUCCCACCGCUCCUGAAAACACUACUGAAGAUGAUGACAAUGCGCUGCAGCUGAAGGAGGCGACACUGUGCAGCAAUGGCGGCAGCAUGUGGCACUGUGGCCCUGGCGAGGCGGAGUUGUGGGGCGUCAGUCAGGAGGACGAGUUCAGCCUCAAUCUGCACGAGAUGAGUGCCGGCAUCAGGACGCUACUACACAGCAAGGACUUCACGCGGCUGUGGGCCAUCAUUCCUCGCACCAUCUUACUGAGCUUCCCCCAGAAGACGCUGCUCGGCAACGUCCUGGGUCUGGACACCAGCUCCUUCUCUGCUCACAUUGCUGCCGUGGUGUUCUUCGGGUGGCCUUUCCUCAUGCUGGGCCUCUACAUCUUCCUCAUCCUCCACUACCCAAACAAGAAGAGCGGCAGCGACUUUGAAAAGAUGGUGACACACAUGGCGGAGUCUUGGUCACACGUCAUGUACGCCGCGGAGGACAAUUUCUUAAACUUCAUGGAAGACGUGACGGACCAUGGCCAUCAUGACCAAGGCCACGGCCAUCACCACGACCCUCACCACCACCAUGACCAAGGCCACCAUCAUGGCCAUGCCAGCUUUCAUCCUCGUAUUGAAUACAACCCCGAGUACAACCCCGAUGUUUCUCUUGAUCAGCACACUUUCUACAAUCACUACUACAACGAGCACGGCCACGACGAACAUCAGGAGUACGUGUGGCAGGAUCACGCCUUCCAUGAUGGUUCCUCAGCACCGUCAGCCCACCGCCCGUACAUGACAGAAGCACCAGCCCACACCGGCGACAUCAUUCAACUGACUAACAAGUUUGGUUACCAUAACAAUAUUCCAGACGAAGAGGAAAUCACACGACUGAACAACAAGUUCGGUUUGCACAACAAUAUUCCAGACGAACAGAAAAUCAAGUAUCUGAAUAUCGUCCUCGGAGGAAAUUACCGACAGACCACUGAUCAACCUCUAGUGCAGGAUGGACACGUGGCAAGUUUAUCCUCUUCAUAUGGGACAUUCCACACAUGGCCUCCUAUAGGACACAGCCCACACCACCACUCACAGAUAACCCCUGGCUGGCACCAGAAACUCGACAUACAGAGACCUUUUUAUCCAACGCGAGGUCCGAGCUUCGUCAGUUUCCAGCAUGACUCGCAGCCUUUACGAGAUGGGUAUCCAUACCCUCGCUUCCGCCCUUCCGUCCUCAUGCAGGAGUCACUGAGGGAGGACUGGGUGGCUGCCUUAGACCCAAAAAGCACCCUGAAUGAGACAGAUGCAAAAGAAACCAGCAUAACUUCUAAGAUUAAUGAUGACGAGGACGAGACGACGGUAGCAACCACGACGAGAGGAAUUUUGACAGCGUCACCUUAACAUGUGUGGUCCAGUGUGACGAUGUUCUUUUAUCUUGAAUUCUCCUAGUGUAGAAGGAGACUGGUAAAGAGCAUAUAAUCCCAUAAUGAUUUCGUGAAGUCUGUUGGUGUUCAUCUCUUGAAACACUGGCUAUAAAUAUCUGAAAACAUAGAAAGGCAAAACAAAAAAAUCUUAGAAUUUUCAAGAUAGAGCAGACUACAAAACUGAAUAACCUUUUGCAUUGACGAGACAAACAAGUGCAGAGACCAAAGAAAGAAAAGUCUUCAAUAGAACGGCAGAGAAAGGCAGUUAAUUCCGGCACAGCAAUGUGAAAACACUGAUCCAGUGAAUAGUGACAAAUUGAAAUGACAUAGCCAAACAAAUAAAUCGCGGUGGCGUAGUGGAUAAGGUGGUGAGCGUGGGAUCGAGCAGACGUCCACGCGUAGGUUCGAAUCCCACCACGUACAGUCUUAAACACUUUGCCAUUUGUCGAGUGGU